AUGGCGCUCUGGAAAUAUGACACUUUGCCAUUAAGGAAGAUUGCAGCUGUAUUGCUUUUUGGAGGUUGGAUGCUGCUAGCAUUUGGAACACUUCUUACCUUGUCUUGGAUUUUUAUAUCCUAGGGACUUUGCCAGAGGAGGGCUUGCUUGUUUUUUUACCCCCCGCCAGUGAUUGGCACAAUCUUGGGACUGCUGAUUUUUCCAUGCAGUUCGGAUUCUGCAUUCGCUAAUGAAAUUGGUGGUUCCUCCUCCACGUACAAUGCUGGGAAAUAUAAGCUUGGCUGGGACUACAUGGUGGCUAUCCUGGAUGUCAUACUACCAUGUUAACUGCCAGUCAUCAGCAGAUACAAUUUAAAUGAGGCCAAGUCCAAGAUCUUUUUCUCUACUGCUACAGAAAGUAUAAUUCUAGUAAGAGAAGAUGAACAAUAA